CAUAGGCUUAAAGACCAACACGUGUGUUAGCGAGUGUGUGGAGAUAAUAGGACCAGCUUACAAAUUUGAUUGCUUGAAAUUAUCAAUUGGGUUGUGACCAUGAUGUUCUAAUUACAACUGUAUUAAAGGGAGCUUUUCUGAGCGUUAAAAACAGCAAAAUAAAACUGCUAUUCCAAAAUGGCGACUACUGCUGCAGCGACUCUCGCUGCUAUUUUUACAACGGCUACGUCUGGUCUUUCACUGGAAGAAUUUCAAAGUGAAGUUAUUGGUCUUCUCAUUGUUGGGUUUCUGAUUGCUUUUAUAUUGGCUUUCGCUGUGGGUGCUAAUGAUGUUGCAAACAGCUUUGGUACGACUGUGGGAGCUAAGACUUUAACAUUAAGGCAAGCGUGUAUUCUGGCAUCUGUAUUCGAAACAUUGGGUGCGAUUCUCCUCGGAGCAAAAGUUGGAGAAACUAUAAGAAAGGGAAUUAUCGAUCCUGAUUACUAUAAAGGCCAAGAAGAGCUUCUCAUGGUUGGAGAAGUCAGUGCGAUGGUUGGGUCAGUGUUGUGGCAGCUAGUUGCCACAUUUUUGAAAUUACCUGUCUCAGGAACUCAUAGUAUUGUUGGGGCUACAGUUGGAUUUUCUCUUGUAGCUAUGGGCUCGCAAGGUGUCAAUGUCUAUAAACUUGGACUCAUCAUCGCUUCUUGGUUUAUAUCGCCAAUUUUAGCUGGAGGACUUGCUGCAGGGUUUUACUGGCUUUUGAAACGACUUAUUUUUGUCAAAGAGAACCCAGUACCUGCAGGAUUACUAGCAAUGCCCAUUUUAUAUAGUUGCACUGUUGCGAUAAAUUUUUUUUCCGUGUUCCAUUCCGGUGCACCAUUACUUGGAUUUGAUAAAAUUCCACUUUGGGGGGAUUUUUUGAUAGCGAUUCUUCUUGGUUUGAUCUCGUAUGCAAUCGUACGACUCAUUGUUGUUGUGAGGAUGGAGAAAGCAAUAAAUGCAGAGCGCGAAAUAAUGAUGUCAGAAGCAAUAAUGAGACAAGCGAAUGAUACGAAAAUCAAUUACGGUAAAAAAACAAUCGUCGCUCCCGCUCUUGAAACGAUUACAGAAAAGGAACAAUUACUAGAAGAAGAAUCAGUAUUAGAAGAUUUAAAAACAAAUGGAAAUGGUAAUUCCUUUUAUGGAAACAAUAUUGGUGCGGGAGAUGCACCAAUAAAAACUACAAAAGAUUUAAUUUCGACUGAAAAACCAACAGAUUCUCCGAGAAAAACUUCUGGUUCAAAGAAUUCGGUGUCUUCAACUGGAGAUUCGAAAUCGCACAGAUGGCAUUUUCUAGAUAAAAAUUUGUCGGAGGAAGCGAAAGAAGCAAGAAAACGGGGGAGGAAUCUGAGAUCUCAUUCAGUUGGUGAUCACCAUAGUCAUGUUAGAAUUCCACCAGUCCUGCAACUCGAAAAGAAAGUUUUGAAGUCAACAACACCUGAACCUACCGUACAAGAAUUGAAAAAUAAUAUCAGAAAAAAUUUCUCUGAACCCUCUAUGGUAAGUCUUGUAGAAAACAUGGGUGGUGACUUUUUUGAAGUUCACAUCAAUCGCCAGAGGAGGGCAGUCACGAUUCAGCGCAAACGAAGAACUUUAUCUGGUGGUGGGCUUUCAGAGUCCGCUGCCUCUCAACCAACACUAGGAGAUCGAAAAUCUCAAGGAAAUCGAUUAGACUCUGGAGGGGACGCAGAUGGGGUAUCAUAUAGUUCGCAGAGAGGAAGCCAGGUUCAACUGGAAGAACCAUUUGAUGAUAGUGAGGAUGAGGGAACAGGGCUAAUAAUGAAAUCUUCCAAGGACGACCAAGAAGUCAUGUUCCUUUCUUCAGAUCAAAAUUCGUACACGGGAGCGAUCGAGGAAGGUUUCCGCAAGCUUUCUACUUCACAAUAUCCGGAUAAAAUCGAAAUCAAAGUAGCUCCCGGCCAGGCAGUGGACUCGGAAAAAGGGGAGGUCAAAAAAGAGAAAAAAAAAGAGGACAAAGAAGAUCGAAUGGAGGUCCGAAAGAUCUUUAGUUUCCUACAAAUUUUAACGGCUUGUUUCGGUUCUUUCGCACAUGGUGGUAACGACGUCAGCAAUGCUAUUGGGCCGUUGAUUGCUCUGUAUAUCAUUUAUUAUGAAGGCUCAGUACAGCAGCAAACAAGUACCCCACUUUGGAUUUUAUUGUAUGGAGGGAUCGGAAUUUGUCUCGGAUUGUGGGUUUGGGGUCGAAGGGUGAUCAAAACCAUGGGUGAGGAUUUAACUGAUCUUACCCCCUCUAGAGGAUUUACUAUCGAGUUGAUGAGUGCCGUUACUGUUCUUGCUGCUUCUAACAUCGGAAUACCUGUUUCGACGACGCAUUGUAAAGUUGGUGCUGUCGUUGCGGUUGGUUGGGUACGCUCACGAGAAGCAGUGGACUGGAAAAUUUUUAGAAAUAUCGUACUUGCUUGGUUUGUUACCGUUCCUGUCAGCGGAGGACUCAGUGCUCUUGUUUUUGUAGCUAUGAGGGCAAUAAUGGGGCUUUAAAUUUAUAAAACUUACAUUUUUUUGUGCCUAAUAUUUAGUUAGCUUGUGAGCUUUCUGUCUUAAAUGGGAGACUUGCAUGAAAGCUUUGUACGUGAACCACCAAUUUUGUCCUGAAUCUGUCUUUCAGAGCUUACCCUAACCACAUACAGUUUUGAAUAUAUUGUUAUCCUUGACACGUCAUUUCAUAUGCUCUCUCUAAUCAUUUGCCUCAAGUUUUAUGUCUAUUCUGAGUUCUGACUCACAAAUACCACUCCCUAUGCUAACUGCAACUUUAGGUAAAGUCUAGGUAUGUCUAUUAUGACCCUGAAUGUAACAUGAAUCUCAUUUUAUGUGCUAUCUCAAUGCUUCCGAAAACAAAUAUUUGGCUAAUCCUAUACCUGACAUGGACUGUUAACCGGGUGAAAGGCUGUGGUUAGCCAUUUGCUUAAUGGCUAUAUUAAAUAUGUAAAUCUUAUUAUUAUAAUUCGUUCAAUUUCUAUAUCUAUUCUAAUCCAGAGCAUGCCAUGAAUCCCACUUUAUAUGCUUAUUCUAAUCACCUGCCUCAACUCUUGUAUUUAUCCCGACUAUGAAGUGCUAUCAAAUCAAAUUUACUCCAGAUAUGAUUUGUGCCAAAUUAAACAAAAAUAGUCUAUAGAGCAAAAUUUAUUGAUGAUAAUAGAAUAAUUUGUCUGGAACAGUGGUUCUCAAACUUGGGUCUGCGGCGCCCUAAUUUUUGGUUUGUAAAUUGUGGGGUUCGUUCGUGAGAAAAAUGUAUGUUCUAAAAAAAUUAUAUAUUUUUCUGGUUAUGUUUCAAAAUUUGUUACUGUAUAUUCUAUUUCGCAAUACUUUUUUUUCAGUUAUUGGAGAUAUUUUUAUUUGUAAUUUUGAGUUACUGAUUUCUCAAAACUAAUACGUAUUCCACUGAAGUUCUGAAUAUAGAAAAACAUAAACUUAUGAAUUUAAUAUAUCUAUUUGCCCCACUAGAACAACUUAUGCUAAGCAUGGUUCAUAUUAUUCAUUGGGUGUCCAUAAAGUCUUGAAAUUUUUUAAAAUUGCAAAUGGAAUUCAUCGAUACCAUAUAUUGUUUUGGCUUUCACAAAUGUAUUAAAUGAAGUAAAAAUACUUGAAAAAUUACUGAUCAAAAAACAACAAACCUGGUUAAGAUAUAUCGAGAACUGACUUCAUAACAAAAUUGUAAUGAGACUUUUAUGGACACCCCUGUAAAUACCAUAUUGCUUAUUUCUUGUACUAAAAAAUCUGUCCCUUAUUAAAUCUUCAUUAUGCACGAUUCAAUAUGAAACAUAUUGAAAAUAUUUCUCAGAAUGGUUUUUCCAAAACCUAUUCAAUUCUCACUGUCUCGUUUUUCGGGCAAAGAAGUUCUUUUUUUGUGUAAUUUGAAAAUGAUUCAAAGACGUUAGUUUACUUUUUAUCGCCUUUUAUUCGUUAUUUUUAGUGUGUUUCAUUCCCAUUGCCUUUUGAUUGUUACUUUUUGCUGUAUCGUAAUGUUUUAUUAUUUUUCUCACCCUUUUCAAUUUCAAAGUUGCUGCUGUAAUAAUAUUCAUAAAUGUGCUGUUAGAUAAAUUACUGUCAAUGUAGAUUCUGGUACAUUAAUUGAACGAAUUUCCAAGAUAUUUUCUAAAUGGAAUUUCCAAGACCGAAAAGUUUGUUAAGAAAACUCCUCAUUCUCAAGUCAUUUUUUCAUGCUAUUAGCUUUAUUAGUCUUGAAAACAGAUGCCAAUUUAAAAGUCUUUCAUGAAAUUGCCUGUUAAACAUAUCCUAAACCAGUGAAAUAACUGAAAAAAAUGGCUUUCCUUAAUUUAGUUGAUUCUUGUUUCAGUUUUACUUGACAUUGUUCUUAAAACGUUAUAUUUUGGGCGCUAAAGAUUUUGUGGUGCAAAAUGUAAUACUUACUGUAAAAUGCAUUCAGGGAAAUUUUUUUUGGGGUCUCGAUAAACUGGAAAACUCUCUCACAAUUUAUACUUUUCGUCAUGGAUUCCUCUUUAUUUAUCAGCUUUUUCGCGCCAAGGCUCUGUUUGGUCGACAUGCAUUUAUAUUUAUCACCCAAUUUUAUGUGCACUAUUUUAAAUUACUGCGACUGUCUUAUUAGUUCGGUUUGUAUACUGAAGUAAUUGAAUGCAUAGGCCAGUGGUUGCCAAACCGCGGGCCAACUACUCCUCGCGUAAUGAUUCAAUAUGGCCCGUCGAAUUUGAUUGAAAUAGUCAAUACUUUUAUCUUUUUGUGUUCUAGAUGCCGCCAUUUGUUACGUCAUAAUCACAGUUCAAGCAUGUGUAUAUUCUGUUUCUUGCGGGCGCUCCCUUCUCCUGGUCCGCGAAUAACCUUCCGCUUCUAAUUUAAACUUGGGAUUCACUGACAUAGGUUUUUUACUCAAAAUUUAAUUGUUUUAUCGAAUGCCAAAACCAUUCACUUAUUGUCAUGAAUUUUGAACAUCAACAAAUCAACAAUUGUCAUGUUGGAUUAGUCCUAGUCUAUAUCUUAAGCAAUGAAUCACAUAGGUUUGAAUUUCUCUUUAAUUUUCUUUUCACCCAUUAAAUUCUUUUUUAUUAUUAUAGAAUACAACAUUGCAUGCUCACAUUAAUCUCUUGCCUGAAUUCUAACAGCUAUCAUAUUGCGAAUCAUACCAACUCAUUCCAUUUUGUAUUAAUUUCCAUCUUUGCUCUUUGUUCAUUAGAUUAAACAUUUUGGGGUACUAGUGUACUUUGUGAACCAAGAUGGCGAACACUGAAACGUAGUAUGUGUACCAGGUUAGGGUUAGGAAUACUCCGGGAGUCACUUGGCUAGUUCCCGAAUUCGUAAUAGAACUAAAAUAAGGAAAAUUGGAAUAAAAUUAUGUCCUAACCUGGUACACAUGCUACGUUCCGGUGUCUGCCAUCUUGGUUCACAUACUACAGGAGCGCCAAUUUUGGUUGUCGACUUCAUAGUUACCGUACUUAUCAUUUCUACCGGCGCAUUUUUAUUUUAUACAAUUCCAAGCGAGAAUCAUUGUCCAUUUUCAAAACGAGCCGGUUUGUCUUUGAGAAAAUACUUGGAUUUGUGAGUUCAAUGCUCGGUUCCGUUAUAAUUUGAAUUUAAUUGCUAUCUUUUGCCAAUAUCCUUUGCUCAUAUGUGGAACAUUUUUGUUAGUGAUUUUAUAGUUAUUGAUAAUUGUCAACAUUUUCACUAUGUAGGGCAUUUAAUUUUAAACAAAUGGAAUUA